CUGAAAUUGACAAACAUAAACAGCAGACUAUUGCAGACAGCAAUUCUAGUAUUCUGCUGGAUCAAAAUCGAAUUAUGUGAGAAGUGUGAAGGAAUAGAUAAAACAACAAGUUUGAGGUAUUUUCGAGGAAGUUCCGAGGAAGGUCGAGAGACAACAAUAGCGCACGAUGAAUCAGGUGAAGCAAGAAAACUUAUCGAAUGUACCGGUAAUUAUUCCUAUCGAGCUGGAUUCUUCGAUGGCGAUAAAGUUAAGUAUGAGCACGAAAAUGAGCAGGGGGAAAUCGCUGAUGACUCGCGCUGAUAUAUGGCACCAAGUCAGGAUCAUCAGAGGCAAGCACUACGACAAAGAGCUCGUUCUGAAGAGUAUCCUGAAGACCGUGGAGCCGGCUGAUUUUAUACCGGUGAAGUAUCAAAUAUGCGGGGAGGACGCGUUCUUCAUAGUGAGAAAUUGCGGUCCCGCCCUUGAGAAGUUAUGCAAAACUAGCCUGAUCAUCAAAAACGUCAAAGGCGACGCGCUGAUUCUCAUAAUUACCCUGGGAUACGCUUCCACGCGUGAUCUGAAGGUUGACAUACGGCCCUUCCUGCGGGCCGCUCUGAACAAAAGGUACAGUCCGAACGAGAAGAUGCUGAAUCUCGAGAACUUUCAUACGGAUCCGAACAUAGCCGAGACCGCCUACUGCCCGUUGUCCCAGCUGAGAAUCUCCAAUCACGUUCUGAAUCUGGCUAAAACCGCCGUAGCGACCUUCGAGCGCCUGAAUUUGCAGCAUAACGAGCUGUUCAACAUAUCGGCUAUAGAGAAUUCGAACUUGACGGCCAUCAAGUAUCUGGAUCUUAGGCAUAACAAUCUGUUGAACAUGUGCGCUUUGGCCCCCUUGAGGAAACUGACCGUCACGAAGCUCUGGCUGGACGGUAAUCCCCUCUGCGAGAACUACUCGACCAUCAGGCAGUACAUAGAUUCCGCGAAGAAAUAUUGCCCGCAGCUACGGGAGCUCGAUGGGGUGUGUAUCGUGUCGAGGAUGCCCCUCAUAUUCAAGGACUACUUCGGGGACGACAGGAAGCGGCAGCUCGUGCGGAAGUUCGCACUUCACUUCUUCAAUCUGUACGACCAGCCCGACAGGUCGGUCCUGAGGGGGCUCUACCACAAGGACGCGGUUUACUCAAUGAGCUUCACCGUACCCAACACCGUCGCCGCCAAGACGAACCUUCAGCAAUACACGGCGCAGAACAGAAACUUGAUGAAGCGGACUCCGAAGAAGAUCACGACCUUCUACCAAGGUCAAGAGGAGAUUCUAGCGGGUCACGCCAAGCUGCCCAGGAGCUAUCACGACAGGAGCUCCUUCAAGUACGACGUUCUGUACGACGACGAGAAAUAUCUGGUGAUGUGCAUCUCCGGGCUGUUCAAGAAGCUGAGCUUAGGUAUAAACGUGCUCUCGUUCAGCCGAACGUUUGUGUUGUCGGCCGACGCGGAUCACGAGUAUCACAUCCUGAACGAUCAGUACCACAUCGACAUGGCGCCCGAGAAGAUCACGCCCGACAAGAUCAAGGCCAAGGCCUCGUACGACAUCACGCCGAUCUGCUUCAGCCCGAGCGAAAAGUCCGUGCUGGCGAUUCGGAUGGAGCAGAUCACCACGUUGAACAGGGAGUACAGUGAGAACUACCUGUCGGACGCCGGGUGGGACUUGAGGCAGGCGUUGACGAACUUCAUGAAGGACUACAAGUCCCUCUCGAUACCGGAGCACGCGUUCUACAAGUAGAUCUCAGGCGUUACCGCGCCUCGGUCCCUUUUCUGUAAAUACCUUCUAUGUAAAUUGUAAAUGGUAGGAAUUGAAGUCGACUUGUACUGAUCGAGAGAUCAGAUAUCUGAAAUGUAAAGAGAAACGUUCAUUUACUGGCGGAUUUACUGAUAACAUAUUGUACCGCUGUACGUAUUUUCUCACCGACAAGGGAAGGCCGACUGCCUCAGCUGCUUCAGUUUUCGAUUCUCUGUGCAGAAAUGUUGCGGGCGAAGUCAAUCAACAUAUUCUGCAAGUUACAGCCUCUGUCUUAGCGUUAAGAAAACAUUUUGGCCAUGCGUAGCGUUACCAAAGUCAGGCCAAGGUUGGUCUAAUUUUUUUUCUAACGGGAACCUCUAUUUUUUUUUAUUAUAUUACCUUGUUCUACCGAUUAAUUUGAGCAUCUUUUGUCCGAGACCUUUUUUUCCAGCGACCGCGAAAUUUGCGUUAAUUCGCGAUCGUGCUGUUAAUCAAUGCGAUUUCAUCUUCCACGACGACGCGAUAUUUGCGCACGCCGAUAGCAUCUGGACGUCGGGUGACGUCUAUAAGGUGAUAUUACUCGCAUGGCAUUUAAAAGCGGCGGCCUCCGGGAUGGACGGGAACGACGCUCGGUGAUUUCAUCCAAAGGUUAUGCACUCAAGGACCGCGCAGUUGCGUCGCGCGCGCGUACGUUGAUGUGAAUGAAACGUGAAUUUGCGAAGGUAUCGCCGACAUUUUUCCGUUCUUACUCUUUCCGAGCACACGCACACGGCGUCGUCGGCGUGAAGAAGAGGAGAAUAAGACCUUCGGGACUUGGUGUGCGCUCGAUCGAGCAAAUCACGAACGCGGAUCUGUCGUUACGACUCUUGCUGUCGAGUCCCUUCGCGCUCCGCGAUUAUUUUCCCCGUCAUUUCUGUUUGUUUCUUUUUUUUUUUUCAUUUCCAAUCGGACUCAUGUCUGCAGGACAUUUCUAUUUCCGUUACAAUUUACAUUGGAAACUUACUUCUUAUAAGUUUGUAUAAUAUUUCAUGUAACACCGUAUAUUUAUAGAGGAUAUAAGAUUAUUAUAUUAUAUAUAUUAGAUUA